AUGCUGUCAGAUGAUGCAAUUCUCCCCGGAUUUGGAUCCCUUUCUCUUAGCGAUAACCCUACGGGUUGGGGUCCAACAGAUAUACCAGAAGAGUUUAGAAACAUGCCUUUUCAACCAUUUUCAAAGGAUACUCGCUUAGGCAGAGUUGCAGAUUGGUCAGGAAAUAUUUUUCAAGAUAUGAAAAACAAAGGUCGCUAUGUCACUCAGUCUGUGGGUUCACAGUACGCUUACUACCAUGAUGAGGACGACAGCAAUUUCCAACUAGUUUCUUCCGUUCGCGAGACGAAAACUCCCGCUAUUCGUCAAAGAUAUAGAUUCCCUAUGCGUGGCCGCCGUGGUUUGGGUGGUCCAGGUUCAGGAUAUUCUUGGGCAGGAGGCCGGUCAGGAUAUCAGAUGAUUGGAAACCAGGGUGGUGUAGUAAACCGUAAGCUACGCAGUGCAUCAGACAGAGAACGUAUGAUGUUACAACAGAACAGACGGUGGCAACACUGGGGCCCCCAAGGUGUUGGGCAGCGACGAGGGGGGACUCAAGGUUGGAGAUCCAAUACAGGCGCUUGGGGCUCUAAUAUUGAUCGCAGGCAGGCCCACAGGGCAGUGCGUGAUGCAUCUAUUCAAAUUAAGGAUAAUUGGACGAUGUUGGAAGAGCUAGAUUUCGCUAGACUUGCAAAGUUGGCCCUACCUAACGUAAAGGAGCCCAUUGACAAGGUUAAUUGUGGAGAAAUGGAGUAUUAUGACAAAUCAUAUGAUCGCGUUAGCACGCGAAACGAACGUCCUCUUGUAAGAGUAAAUCGGGUUCUCCAUACAGUUACAACCUCCAGAGACCCAGUAAUUCACCGUUUAGCUAGCGACUCCGUUGGCAAAGUUUAUUGCACAGAUACGAUUGCUGCCAUGAUUAUGUGUUGCACUCGUUCGGUGUAUCCUUGGGAUCUCAUUGUACAACGCAUACAAGACCGUUUGUUCUUUGAUAAGCGCGAAGAUACUGAAUCUGAUUUUGUUAGUGUAUGUGAAACUGCAACAGAACCACCUAAUGAAGAACCUGGUCAUAUUAAUUCACCCCAGCGUUUGGCAUUAGAAGCUACUUUUAUAAAUACCAAUUUAUCUCAACAAAUGCUACUGAUGGGUGGUAAAACAUAUUCGUUCCCUGAAGAAAAUCCUUUCAAAGAUGAUGAGGAGGAGGAUGAGGAUAGUCCAAAUCCAUCUCAAAACAAAAAUCACGAAGGUGGUAAAGAAGAAUUAGGUUCUGUAGGAUAUCGAUAUCGCAUAUUUGAUUUGGGAAAUGAUGUUCAAAUGGUUAUUCGUUGCGAAGUGAAUGGUGUACUUCAACCGACUAAUGAUGAUCAGCCAGCCAGUCCACAAUUCGUAUGUAUACGCGCAUUAAAUGAAUUUGAUUCACGUUAUUGUGGUGGUGUCGAUUGGCGUACUAAACUUGAUACUCAACGGGGGGCUGUUUUGGCCGCUGAGAUAAAGAAUAAUGCCUUUAAAUUAGCUGGAUGGACUGUCUGUAGUAUAUUGUCAGGUGCGGAUCAAUUAAAAUUAGGAUUUGUAUCUCGCGUCAACCCCCGUGACUCAUCUCGUCAUGUCAUAUUGGGCACACAACAGUUCAAACCAUCGGAGUUCGCCAAUCAGCUGAAUUUAAAUAUGGAUAAUGCUUGGGGUAUUCUGCGAUGUGUUGUUGAUUUCUUCAUGAAAAUGCCUGAAGGCAAAUAUCUAAUGUUAAAGGAUCCUAAUAAGCCUGUACUUCGCAUAUACUCUGUACCUCAAGAUGCUUCUGAUUCAGAUGAAAGCGAAGAUGGUAUAAGUGAAGAAGAAGCAGUUAUCGUUGAACAACAAAACUCUGAACCAAGUAAGACGGAAAUGAAGCGACAAAAAGAUGUACAGUUGGAAUCGAAGCCAAAGAUACAAAAGCGUACUGAUUUUUUAAAUGACCUGGAUGGACUCCUUGUCAGCUCUAAAAAUUUCAAUAAACUUUUUGUACAGAAAACAAGUCAGGAAUGGAUCAAAACUCAAGUUGAGAAGCUUGUACAAAGUCACAUUCAUUUAUUUAGAUUUAUUGAAGUUUUAACAAACCUCGUUGUAUCUGGAAAUCAUCAUCCACAUGUUGUUCAACAAGUGCUUGUUUGGUUAGAUUAUUGUCUACAACACCAUUCAACUUCUACGCAAACACCAGAAAUUCAGAAGGUCUUAAAGAAUUUGUGUUCAUAUUACUACGAAACGUGUGGGGUGGGGAAUAUGUUUUUAAGAGCUGCUAACCGUGGUAGUGCCAUGGAAAAUUGGUCAAAUGUUCAAAAGUUUAUUAGUCACUUCCCUCGUAGAUUUUAUUAUCCGGUUCUACCUAAAACAAAGUUUGUAUACAUUGAUGAUGAAAGCAAUCCUACCGGAAAAUCUAAUGCUCCAUUAAAUUUACAUAGUUCCGAAAACAAUGAAGAAAAUCUUGAUAUCCUGAAUGAUGAAUAUUUGGAUGUGGAUACAAUGUCAUCUUUGAUGAAAGAUGACUCAGAGUAUGAACAGGAAUCGUUGUAUCAAUCGGUUGAAGAAUCUGAUGCCGGUGUAUUUGAUGUCAAUGAACCUCUGUCACCUGAUGCAGAACAGUUUCUUAAUAGUAUGAAUGAUGACUGGGGAGAUGAAAUAAUUUCUUCUGAAGCUGAAAGUGAUUCGGACAAAUUUAUUUAUCCUGAAAUAAAAGAUUCUGAGGACGAUUUGUCUGUAUCAACCGAAAUAUCUUCAACGUCUGUCAAUACAAGUCUGUUUCCGGAUGUUACUGAACAAUUGGGAACCGUUGGGAAUGAUUGUGAUGUUAAUAAUGGUGAGAAAAAUGAGAAAGUUGUUAAACCAAAAGCAAGCAAACCUAACUACUCAACCUUAAGUCAAUCCCCAAACAAUCGUCAAAAAAACCGUCGAUCAAGUUCAAGAAUAACUACAUGUCAAAAACAUUGAUUUCCUAUUAGACGUAUUUAUGUGAUAUUUGUAUAUUAAUGGACAAAAUACGAUAAA